AAGCAAUAAAAAAAGCCCAGCUUUCACUUCCCUUCCAUUACAAUAUACCGCGUGGAAAAACAAAAGCAACUCUUCAACCAGUAACCACUUCCUAUCAACUAUUUCACUAUCCACUCUCUUCCUAAUUCCUCCCAUUAAUCUUUUUCUUUUCCUUCCCUUCCCCUUUGUAUAAUUCAACUCUUUCUUUUCUUUGCUUAUUCAGCUCACUUUCCCAUAAAAAAUUAUCUUUUUUUUUUGUUUAAUUUUAUUGUGUCAGUGCUUGUUUCUUUGCUGAAGGGUCUUUUCCGUUUUCUGUUAUCUCUCCGUGUUUCUCUAAUAAAUUUUUUAUUUUUAUUAAAAUUUUGUUGGUGGGGGGUGUCUGCAAAAAACAUGUGGGGCUUUGUUCUUUGCCUUCCAUUAAAGGGCAGUUCUUGAUGGUUUUUGGAUCUGCAAUCCGUGAUUUUUGGGUGGGUUUAUUGUUUUAAAACUGGGAAAAUAAGUAAAAUUCCUGACUUUGGGUACUUCAAUGUACGCAAAGGCAUGUCCUUUGUAACUUUUUGUUUUUCAGCUAUGAAAAGUUGGGUUUUUUAAAAGCUUUUUCUGUUUACUUCAAAUGUGGGAUUUCCAAAAGGGGUACUUUUUGUUUAGUCAAUAGAUGGUAGUUGUUUAAUUCUUGUUCUAAAAGGGGUGGUUUCAAACGAUGGGAUCUGGAAAUGGGUUCUUUUCAACUCAAGAUUUCAAUUUAGAUGCUAAGUGGUUGAUUGAUCCUCAGCAGCUUUUUGUUGGUCCUAAGAUUGGAGAAGGUGCUCAUGCUAAAGUAUAUGAGGGAAAUUAUCUCAUGUUUUUUAGUCCAUUGGAUGCAUUUAGAUACAAGAAUCAGAAUGUUGCUAUUAAAGUUGUUCGAAAUGGGGAAACCUCUGAAGAGAUUGCAAGGAGAGAAGGAAGGUUUGCGAGGGAAGUUGCUAUGUUAUCGAGAGUUCAACACAAAAAUCUAGUGAAGUUUAUUGGAGCUUGCAAGGAGCCGGUCAUGGUGAUAGUAACUGAGCUCCUACUAGGCGGGACAUUGCGUAAAUACCUUCUGAAUAUGCGGCCAAAGUGCUUGGACGUGCAUGUAGCAAUUGGGUUUGCACUUGAUAUUGCUCGUGCAAUGGAAUGCUUACACUCUCAUGGGAUCAUUCAUCGGGACCUGAAACCUGAGAACUUGAUCUUGACUGAAGACCAUAAAACAGUUAAACUAGCAGAUUUUGGUUUAGCCAGGGAAGAGUCAUUAACAGAAAUGAUGACUGCUGAAACUGGGACAUACCGAUGGAUGGCUCCUGAGCUUUACAGUACAGUCACAUUAAGGCACGGAGAGAAAAAGCAUUACAAUCAUAAGGUGGAUGCCUACAGCUUUGCUAUUGUGUUGUGGGAACUCAUCCGUAACAAGUUGCCUUUCGAAGGCAUGUCAAAUUUACAAGCAGCAUAUGCAGCUGCUUUUAAGAAUGUUAGGCCUAGUGCUGAGGGCCUUCCAGAAGAUUUGGCAUCAAUUGUGACUUCAUGUUGGCAAGAGGAUCCGAAUGCUCGGCCAAAUUUCAGCCAAAUCAUACAGAUGCUAUUACACUAUCUCUCAACCAUUUCACCACCGCAGCCUGUGAUGCCUCCUCAGAGAAUAACUUCUGAGAAUGCUGUAUUGCCACCAGAGUCUCCUGGUACAAGUUCAUUGAUGGCUGCAAGAGAUGACAUGGGAGAAACCACAAAAGCCACCGAGCAAGACAAGCCAAGAGGUUUCUUCUUCUGCUUUAACCAGUGUUACUGAUCCCUUGAAGGCGCAAUUUCGUUCUCAAGGGCAUCACAAAUUAAUUUUUAGGUGAAUUCAAUAAGGUAAUUAGUCUCUCAGAUAUUAGAAAGAAUACAAACUUGGUAAGAAAAAAAAUUGUCAAAUCUAAUCAGAAGAUUAGUUUAGUUCUAUUAUAUGACAGAAAGCUGUCUGUAAUCUGAUGUAUCUGUUUAACUUUGCAUACUGCCUUAGUGCUUUACAUUAAUUUCAGUAUGCCCUGACCAAGAUGGAUCCAUAACUUCUGGGGGUAGGGGUUGCUGUGAUGGAAAUAUGAAUGUAAAUAAGGUGCAUCCGAAAGCCUUUGCUCCUGUUUUCUUCUUUAUAAUUUGCAUAAGUUUGUCGGUUCGGAAUUGUUGAAAAUUUAUUCAAUGUGGCUUCUACAUAUGCUGAAUCCAAAUUAAUAACUUCAACAGCUAUGUUCGUAAUCUUGAUUGUGUAAUUGAUAUGACUUGGUAAGUGUAUCCGAAUCAAGUAAAAUGUUAAAAGUU